CAGCUCACUGAUAAAGGCGGCCGUAGUUCAAACUCCCUCGCAGCGCCGUUUCAAGAAUCACGUGCCAUUGAAUCAAUAUCAACAUUGUGACAGCAUAAGGGAUGUCGUGUGCUAGCUUUACAGUCUUCUCGGUGUAGUUUGGCUCCUUUUAGAACUGUGAAAUCAUGGGUUAACUUUUUUUUUAAAUCAGUAAUUCUUCUCUUAAGCCUGCCACUUGUGCCGCUAUGGAUUGAUCGCAUGUGACGCUAAUUAACCAGCAACCUGUGUGAAUGACAGCUUUGUCCUGAGUGAAACAGUGGACAGUAUAGAUGUAUGUUUGACCUGGCACGGACAAUGUGACAAGUGUCUGGCACUGCCCAACUAGAAUUAAUACCACACUGAAAAAAACAUUCCAGACUUGUGAAUCGUUACCAGGUGCUUAAAUUCCGAUAAAUAACGACAGUCUGACAGUAGAUCUAAUUGGUAAAUCAUUGUAUUUGUACGUUAAUGAAAACAUGUCUCGUACUCUAUCACAUUCCGAGUCUGAAAAUGAAGAAUGCCGACCGCUGAUCCGCGAUGAUGGUACAGAAUCGAAACAGAGAGAAGAUGCGUCAUGUCAGUGGAUUCAGGCGAGACAUUUCCUGGCUCUCAUGGCCUUCAUGGGAUUCUUCAACGUCUACUGUCUCCGCGUCAACCUCAGUAUGGCAGUGGUUGCCAUGGCGAACACAUCCUCCAGCACACACAAUAAUGACUCCACCUCCCAAUGCAGACCACUAUACAACACAUCAAGUCCUUCACAGAACAGUGGAGAGUUCAACUGGGAUGAACAGACACAAGGCCUCAUCCUUGGUGCCUUCUUCUACGGUUACGUUACGACGCAGGUGCCGGGUGGAUUCCUGGCAGAGAGAUAUGGCGCCAAGCGUAUCUUUGGAUUUGGAAUUCUGUGCACAUCAGUCCUCACACUGUUCACACCGCUAGCAGCUCGAUGGCACCUCUACGCUUUCUACACUCUCAGAAUCCUGGAGGGCAUAGGGGAGGGUGUGACGUUUCCUGCUAUGCAUGCCAUGUGGGGAAAUUGGGCCCCUGUCUGGGAGCGGACUAAACUUGCAGGCUUCUCAUACUCAGGGUCUCAGCUAGGAACAGUGAUCUCAAUGCCGAUAUCUGGACUGCUGUGUGAGUCUGACUUCCUUGGGGGAUGGCCAUCAGUGUUCUAUAUAUUUGGUGCUGUAAGCUGUGUAUGGGUGAUUGCUUGGUUCUGUCUCGUACAUGAAACACCAUCCGACCAUCCUCGUAUUUCAAAAUCAGAGAAGGAAUAUAUCGAGAACUCUAUUGGGAAAAGAGAGAGGCUGCCUACCCCUUGGAAGAAGAUCCUGACCAGCAGUGCAUUGUGGGGGAUUGCUGUGGUCAGUUUUACCAACAACUGGGGAAGCUACGUCUUUCUUACCUGCCUCCCAACAUUCAUGCAGAGAAUUCUUAAGUUCGACAUCAAGUCUGAUGGUCUGCUGUCUGCAUUGCCGUAUGUAGCAAUAUGGAUAACACAGAUGAUGUCUGGAUUCAUCGCAGAUUAUCUCCGUACAAACAAUUACCUCAGUACCUUGGCCACUCGUCGGCUAAUGACAUUAAUAGGUGAGGUGCUGCCAGCUGCAGCUGUGAUCGGCGUCAGCUAUGUCGGUUGUGACCAUAUAUGGGCUGUGGUCCUUUUGACUGUUUCCCUUGGGACGAAUGGCAUCAGUAUGGGAGGCUUCAAUGUCAAUCACCUUGAUAUUGCUCCCAAAUUUGCAGGUGUGAUGCUGGGGAUCACUAAUGGUAUAGCCUCCAUCCCAGGAUUCCUGGCCCCGGCAGUUGUGGGCUACAUCACCAACAAUAGGGAAACUAUUGAGGGAUGGCGAUAUGUUUUCUUCCUGACUGCUGGGAUCUAUGUCGUGGGUGCGCUGGUGUAUGUUGCCCUGGCCCGCGGAGACGAAAUGGCAUGGGCCAGGGAGAGGCCGUCGCACAGCAGCUCUCUCAGUGUGAGUUCUGCCAAUAUACAGACACACAGACAACCAUGGCAGCCGCCGCCGCAACAGGAAGUCGACAUCCCUCCACCACCAGAGUACACAGAAACAUGACAUCACCCGUAAUUCAUGUACUUUUAUAUCAAGAUUAUGUGUAACAAAAAAUAAUGUGGUUGUCUUUCUGAGUGAGAGUCAAGAGUUCACCUGAUUAUGAUUUUGUUGUUUCAUACGUUUUAAUGAAAGUGAUAAAUGCCACGACCUGCACGCUGUGAUGUUACUGAGAUACUCUUCAUUGUGAUCAAAGAUUACUCCAUGUAUUUCUUAAUGUUAAAAUCUUGCAAGGUUUUUCUGUGCCAAAAUAUACAUGGUUGACAAAACAAUUUUAAUAAGUAACUUUGAUGCAUUGAUGGUCAUUGUUUAUAAGUUUCGUUAUUGUUAUUGUCACAAUAUAUCCAGUAUAAAUAUAAAGUUGCUGAAUUCACUCUUGCAAGAUGUUCCUCAAAGGCAAUUUGUAGAACAUGUCUUGAACCCAUGAUGUGAUGUAGUCAUACUGAUGUACAGUUGAACCCUGUUGUCUCAAACUAAAUUUGUCGUCCUGCAUUAAAAUAAUUUAGGACAUACCUUGAUACGUUGGAAAAACACAACUUGGAUUUUGUAGCAAGUGUACCAUCUUCCCGAGGCAAGUGAGUUAACUGACUAUAAAAGUCCAGUUUCCACCCUUGCCGAACUAGGCUGGUAUUAUGGAGUUACAUUUUGGCUGGGCUAACGAGUCUAUGCAUAGUCC